GUCCCGCCCCACGUGUUCGCGCUUUGUGCCGCGCCGCUCUUUCGCUUUCCCUUUCCCGUCCCCUUCCCUUUCCUCUUCCCGUCCCUCCCGCCGCGCUCCCAUGGCGGCCAGGCACAGCUUCAGGGCGGAGGAGGACGAGGCGUGCUACUGGGAGUACGACUCCACCUGGGAGGAGGAGGAGGGCGAAGGAGAAGAGCAGGAGGAAGAGGAUGGCGGCGGUGGCGAAGGCGAGCUGGAGGCAGCAGCCGAGGAGGAGCCGGAGGAUGAAGCCGAGCAGUCGGUGCUGAGCUGGGCGCAGGGCUCCUGGCAGGCCCAGGAGCCAAAAUCAAAUUCGUCACCGCUGUUUCAGAGGAGGUUUCAGUUCUCAGGCAGGCGCAACUGGAAUGCAGCAGAAGACUUGCAGAGAUACAGACAUCAGUACCCGGAUUUGAUGGAAUCAGAAAAUGAGGAGGAAGAAGAGAUGUUGAACUUAAGGUUUUAUAAAAAUAAGACUCGCUUUUUGCCCCAGGGUUUGUUUAUUGAAACUCUGCUUGAAUCUUGGUGGGACAACUAUGAAGUUCUGGAAGAAAACCAUUCUUACAUACAGUGGCUAUUUCCUUUACGUGAACCUGGGAUGAACUGGUAUGCCAAACCGCUCACGUGUCGAGAAAUCCAGGCCUUUAAGAAAUCCAAGGAAGUUAUGCAAAGAUUCAUCCGUGCUUAUCAGCUCAUGCUGGGAUUUUAUGGAAUCAUUCUGCUCAACGAGGAAACUGGAGAACUCAAGAGAGCAGAGAAUUGGGCUGAACGGUUUCAAAACUUGAACCGGUUUGGCCACAACAAUUUACGGAUUACUCGCAUCCUGAAGUGCCUGGGGGAGAUGGGAUACGAACAUUAUCAAGUGCACUUGGUAAAGUUUUUCCUAACAGAAACUCUUGUUAAGGAGACGUUACCAAAUGUCAAGAGAAGUGCCUUGGAUUACUUCCUGUUCACCAUCAGGAGCAAACAGAGGAGAAGAGAACUAGUCCACUACGCUUGGCAACACUUCAGACCUCAAGACAGCUUCGUGUGGGGGCCACACCACAAACUCUUGAAGUACAAACCCCACUCUGCCAAGUCACAACUGCACCAAAAGGCUGAAGAGAGACAGGAAACUCCUGGUAGAAAAUGUGAUGAUUCUUUGGAAGAUCAGAACCAGUCUCCAGAGGAAGAACAGAAAGCUGGAGAUGCUGCAAGCUUGCAGCCUGAAGUGAAUGAUAAAGGUGUAAAAGAGAAGAUAAGUGAAUGUCCUUUGAAAGGAGGAGGUGAUGAGGAGGCGAAAGAGGCUUCGUUUACCCAGCAGGAGGAGGAGGAUUUAAACAGCGAGGCUGAAGAAGUGCAGGGUGCAGCAGAGAAUGAUUGCACGAAAGAGAGCAAGAAGAGAAAACUGGAUGCAAAUAUGGUAGAUGCUAACAGUGGACCACUGAAAAGCCCUACUGAUAUUGAAAACAUUUCCCAUAACCUGGGAGAAUGUGCAAUUGAUGCAGAAAUCCCCUCCUCAGCUCCACUCGUAGAAGCAGAAGAGGGCGAGGAAACAUUGAAAGAAGACAAUGCAAGCACCAAAGACUCAGCAGUACCAGAGAGCACUGAUGCCGCUGUGAAACGGAGGAAAGUCGAUAAAAGAACGUCGAGAAACAGAACAUUCAACUUGGCCAUAAACCUGAACAUAGGGACCUGUGCCUCUGGUGCCAAGUUAAAUCCUUCUGUUGCAAAUGCUGAGGCUGAAAAUGACAGUGAGAAAAAUGCUGCUGUGGAAGUGACAAGUGAGAAGAGUGGUGGUGAUGCAAAUGGUGGGACUGUGGGACCCCCAGUUGAUUCCAGGCUGCCCAAGACUGGCUGGACUUCUCCAGUAAGUGAUGGCUUGGAGUCAAGUGGAGAUCAAGUCGCAGCAAGGAGCGAUCGGCACCACUGCAACAGCACGUUCUUGCAGGGUGAAAGUAAGGUAGAUGGGGUAGAACAGCAUCAAGAGGCAGAAAAUGCAAGUGAAAAAGGGCAAGCAGAAGUCACGGGCAAGAAACAACCUCCAGAGAGUCUUAAGCAAAGCGUGGCAUCCCCUUGUCCUGAAGAAGACAGUACUGAGGUUGCAACACACAAACCUGAAAGCUCUGAGUGUGCAGCAGAACCUGAUGAGGAGCAGGUAGCAGCAAGUGACACCAGCACGGGAAGCACUUGAGCAAGCAGAGAUGGCACUGCCCUAACUGCUAGGAGCCAGCUUGGUGGUUUGGAUAGCAGGAGUACAUGGAAGAAUAAACUUCCAUUGGGCUGACCCAGGCUAGACCCUGUUUGACUUCCACUCUUCAACUCCUUUUUAAUCAUCUGUAGUAACUUCACUGAGAUCCAGCCCUUGGCUACACUAGAGAGGAAAACUGAUUUAGUCAUUCCCGGUCAGGCUGUGUCCUGAUCCUGGUUUUUAUCUGAUUUUCAGGACUAUCUUGGAGCAACAGGGAUUUUUGCACUUUGAUUCUGGUAUGUCCCCUCUUAAAGAGGCGAGGAAAACUGGUCUGUUUCCUUGUUUGAACUAGUCAAGUUCUUAUUAAAUACAUGGUGUUUAAUGUAAGACAGCAUGACCUUAUUUGCCAAAACUUUCUAUUACCAUGUAACUUCUGUUUGUUAUUUUGGAAGGCUGUACCUUCCCAGGGGAUUUAUUCCUGGCAAAGGUGCAGUUCCCCCAAAAGAGAAGAGUAUAUAUAUGCAUUUCACAUCAUGUAAGAGUAUUGUUGCCUCUCUUCCUAUAAAGAAAGUAGGUUUGACUUUAGGCUGGGAUAAAAUGCAUAGUCAAAACAGAUCUCUGACCAGUAUUAAACUUUGCGUAGAGAUACUGUUCUCUAGGGUGCAAAGUGCUGAGUAAUUUGUUCCCUUUACCACUGCUGAAGCUGCUUUGUAGUGCUUGUUGGAGUCAAGUAUGAAUUGUCUACUGGCUUCUAAGAGAAAAACCCUCAGACUUUGCAUAAAGCUUUCCAUUUAUAGCCACUGUUGGUUCAAAGACCUUUACUUCAUUGUCAAAAUAGAACAAAGAUUUGUCACUGCAUCUUUUCAGACUUUGCUGUUAAUUUACAGUGGCCUGUUGGGGAUUUAUCUCUUUUCUGCAGUCCCAUUGCAUGAUGUCAGAUGUGUCAGAUUUAACCCAGUUCCUAGGAAGGGCAGGAUUGUUUUGCCAUUAAUGAUCAGUGAGGGCGUGUUGGAGCACAGCAUGUCUGGAAACCACUGGGCUUUGUAGGGCAGAUAAUUGAAGCUUUAAUUGCAGGGGGGGCACUUGUCUGCUUCAUUUAUUUACAGCCCUCAAGAAUUUACUUUCAGACCUUGCCAGCUAUUUGCCUGCCUUAAUGUUCCUGACCUCCCUGUUAGCUGUUUUGCCUGACUUACACAGCAUUCAACCAAGUCUGAAGGAGCAUUAAGCAAUUUAGCACUUUGGCUCCUAGAGAUUCACAAGAGAGGACCUGUUUCAUGAAGCAGAGGAAACCAUUUCCAACAGCCAAAAGGUCUGGACUUGUUUGCUCAGAUGGUUUGGUUUAGGUCUGGGGGUUUUAGGUGCUGUUUGUUUUGUGUAGGAGAUGGCUAGAGGUUUGCCCACGUUUCCAGGGGAAGAAGCAGUAGCCUGUGCAAUGUUAAUGUUUUUCCUCUCUGCUACAGCUCUUAAGAAGCUUCGUCUUUCAAGGAGUUUGAUCUGUGAUUUUCCUUCCCAGACUAAUAGGUACUGGUCCAGCAUGCCAUAUACGUGUGUGGGGGAAUAAAAGUCUGCAAGCUUAACAUUUAAUGUUCAUGGUCACACACAUGCUGGCAAAAGGCUUUAAUGUUUUUAAAAUAAUACUACUUUUUCUUAUGGAGUUGCACAGUCAAUGAGAGUACACUGAACUACAGAUAUAAAUACUUGAAGAUGUUGAGUGAAAAUUCUUUCGUAAAAGAGUCAUAACAAAUUGUUAAUUGUGGCUUUUGUACAGAUUUGUAGUAAUUUUCCUAUUUAAUGAAGUUUUCAUUGUGAAUACGUGCUCAGCUGGGGCACAGAUCAUAACUCUUGUUAGGGUGAUAUGUGGUUUGUCAUUGUGUUUAAUAGGAUUUCACUGUGAGCCCUGAUUUGGAGUACUCAAACCAAACCAUUCCCUAUUGUGAUCAGGUUAAUUUUGGCUGUAGGUGUUUGCAGUGAGUUCACAGGAUGUUUCCAGCACUCAGAGCUGUAUCACAGAGUCUGUUAUGUUAAUGUCACCUAUUAAAGCAUGACUUUAAUGCA